AUGCCUGGGCGUGUGGAGCAUGAGGGUACUGUGUGUGGAGGUGCUGAGCCUGCGCGUGCUGCGUCUGGAGGUGCUCUCGGUGUCCCGCCGCGGCGGGAGCCUCUCUCUCCACAGCAGCUUCGUGAGUGGUACUCUCGGCGCUGUCGGGGUGCUGCUGGAGCUACUGGAGGUCCUGCUGGGGCUUCUGGAGGUGCUGCUGGUGCUGGAGGUGCUGCUGGAGCUUCUGGAGGUGCUGCUGGUGCUGGUGAUGCUGGUGGUGCUACUGGUGCUGGAGGUGCUGCUGGUGCUGCUGGUGGUGCUGCUGGUGCUGGAGGUACUGCUGGAGCUUCUGGAGGUGCUGCUGGUGCUGGUGCUGCUGGAGGUGCUGCUGGUGCUGGAGGUGCUGCUAGGGCUUCUGGAGAUGCUGCUGGUGCUGGUGCUGCUGGAGGUGCUGCUGGUGCUGGAGGUGCUGCUGGUGCUGGAGCUGCUGGAGGUGGUGCUGGUGCUGGAGCUGCUGGAGGUGCUGCUGGUGCUUGA